AUGAGUGAACUAUAUUCUGGACAUAAGGCCCUAGAAUCUUAUUUUAAAGAGAAAGGAAAUUUAGCAUCAUAUUAUGGUUUCUUACUCCUUCACCACAACACUAUUGUUGCUUCAUCAUUACCAAUUAAUAAUUGGAAGGAACUUAAUAAUCAUUGGGUCAAUCACUUUCUAAUGGAAGCAAAAUAUCAAAUAAUUAAUGAAGAAUCUUUAAUUUCUAUAAAGGAAAAGGUAAAUAAAGAACAAAUAUGUCGUGCAAAAAAUUUAGAAAUUUACUGGAAGGAGGUGAUUACAGAAUUAAAUAAGGAUUCUUUAAAGCGAAAACUUGAAGAAAAGGAAAAUUUCAAUUCACAAUCAAAAAAGUGCCGAACUACUAUUACUCUUUUUUGUAUAGUUCAAGGAAAUGCACACAAUGCCUUUGCUAUUAAUAUUAACAAAAACAAAACCAUUAGUGAGCUUAAGAGUUUAAUCCAAAAAGAAAAACAUAAUGAUUUUGCUGGAAUUGAUCCUGAUCAACUGAAACUCUGGCAGGUUGAAAUUCCCGAUGAUUGUUUUGAUGAGCUAACUAACCUUCAACUUCUUGGAAACAAUGAGCUUCUUGCAACAAAGAAAAUAAGCAAAUAUUUUACUAAAACUCCUGCUAAUGAACAUGUUCAUAUUAUUGUAACUUUACCAGAAACUACUAAAACUAGAAAAGAGUUGGAAUUGAUAAAUAAAGUAGCAGAAUUGCAGAAAUUACUUAAGAAGUCUAUAUAUGGUAUGUUGAUUAUAUUAAAGAAAGUUUGUAAUCAAACAACAACUGAUUUAUAUUUUAUAAUUAUAGAAUUUGAUAUUAUAGUUAAUCCAAAACGUACAAAGACAUCCAAGUGGAUUGUAAAUAUAGAACAAGUGACUCUUAAAGACCUUAAAGAAUUUAUAUUUGCUUUAUAUCAAUUUCCAGAACUUCAGAAAGAUAUUGCAACACUUGCCUUUUCAUGCAAUGAUGAAAAAUAUUCUCCUAAAAGUGACCUAGAGUUUCAAAAUAUGCUUCAAUUAUUUGUAUCAAGAAAUAGCCUCAAAUUCACUAUAUCUAUAGAGACAUCAUUAUCCUUUUCCUCUUGGACUUUUCCAAAAGUAUGUAAACUCUAUAAACUUAGUGAAGAUAGUGAUCCAACAUUAUCUGUAUUUCCUCCUUUUACUUGUGGAUAUGUAAAAUUAAAUGAUGAAAAGUCACAAGUAAUAAUCAAGCAUCUUAUAACUGAAUUGAAUUUCCGCUUCAAAGCUAUUCCUAUUGGAAAUGAAGCAUCAAAAAGUCAAUAUGUUUGUUCAUACCUUGUAGCUAUUGCCAACCUUUUUGAAGAUAAAUUUAAGGUUUAUCCAGAAAAAAAUGUUUCAGGUAUGAAUGGUCAUGGACCUGUAGAUUUUGCUUUAAUUCAAAUUCAAAAUUCUAGAAUAAUUGGUAUUACUGAAGUUAAAGAUAAAGAUUUUCAACAAGGUGUUGCUCAGAAUGCAGUUCAAUGUGAAUCAGCUUUAUCAAAUAAGAAGAAAAAUGUUUUUGGUAUUAUAACUGAUUCUGAAAAAUGGUUUUUUUUGGAGUGUUCAUUAGAUAAUGAAAGAAAACCUUAUUUUAAAUUAUCAAAACCAAUGGUUAUUAUAUAUGGAGAUGAAGAUAUGGAAGAUCGGGUAAAAAAAGUUCUUGGUCAUAUUGUAUGGUUGUUAGAGGAGGCCCAAAAACUAGAUGAAUUAGAGGAUAAAAACUAA